AUGCUUAUCGUUUUUCAGUGUUCGUUAUUUGCAGUAGCGAGGCAGUGGUUUAUGCCACAGGUGACAGGUGAUGUACCGCCCGGAUGUGCGGCAUUUGGAAUCGUUUGUGACAACACGACACUUUACAUCUUUGGUGGCAUGGUCGAAGAUGGAGGGUUUGUGACAGGUGAUGUACCGCCCGGAUGUGCGGCAUUUGGAAUCGUUUGUGACAACACAACACUUUACAUCUUUGGUGGCAUGGUCGAAGAUGGAGGGUACUUAUCAAGUCUUUAUAAAUUGCCAACAGUUAACUGGCACUGGAAACGUCUUCAUCCAAAGCCGCCACCAGCUGGUCAGCCGGCUCCAUGUGGCCGAAUGGGACAUUCAUUUGUUCUUGCGCCCAACAAGCUUGCAUAUCUCUUCGGUGGUACAGUAAUAGAUCGGAUGUGCGGCCCACGCUUCUUUAAUGACUUAUAUGUGCUGGAUUUGAACAAGCCAAGUGACCAGUUGCAGUGGCAGAUCCCGGAA